GAAAAACGCAUGCUCAGAGAGAAUUUACGUGAAGUUUCUAGAAAAUUUUAUUCAGGUGAUUUGAGGAAGUCACUCUUCAACACUGCUUCAACACUCUUCAAUAAGUGUUUUUUGUGUAUUUUUUAUUUUGACAAUAUAAAAAAUGGCAAAGUGGGGUGAAGGUGAUCCCAGGUGGAUUGUUGAAGAGAGACCUGAUGCUACAAAUGUCAACAACUGGCAUUGGACUGAAAAAAAUGCUUGUGCAUGGUCAAAAGAUAAAAUUAAGGAACUUUUUAAAGAUCUAGAAAUAUCUGGUGAUAAAAUAUCAUGUAGUGUUACGGAAAUUGAAACUUGUGAUGGAGAAGCUGUUGUCAAUAACAGAAAAGGAAAAUUAAUAUUUUUCUAUGAAUGGAAUAUUGUACUUAAAUGGGUAUCUGAUGAUGAUUCAAAAAUUGAAGGAAAAGUAACAAUUCCAAAUUUAUCUGAAGAGAAUGAUAUAUCUGAAGUUUCGAUUGAAUUUAGCUUGAAGACAAGCACUGAUGAGGGUGAAAAAGUUAAGCAUUUUUUACACACCAAGGGUAAAAAUACAGUUAGACAAAAAUUAGAACAAUAUGUUUCUGCAUUAAAAGAAGAAUUUUCAAAGGGUAUGAUUCUUCCAAAAAAAGAUUCAAAUCAAGUUGUUACAAAAGUAACAAAAACUGGAAUAAAUAUUAAAGAAAAAAUGAAUUCAACUGUUAUAUCAAAAGACACAGUUGGAGCUAAAAUAUCAACAACAACUGUUAGUCAACAACAAAAAUUUCAAUGUCGUGGUCAAGAAUUUUAUAAUGUUUUUACAACAAUUGAGAUGGUACAAGCAUUUACUGGUGGACCAGUUCAAUUGGAAUCAAAAAAAGGUGGUAAAUUUGAAAUGUUUAAUGGCAAUAUUUCUGGUGAAUUUGUUGAAUUAUCACCGACAAAAAUUAUACAAAAAUGGAGAUGUAGACAUUGGCCAAAUGGACAUUACAGUUUAGUUAAUUUUGAUAUUAGUGAAAAAAGUGAUCAUACUGAAGUUAACUUGACACAAACUGGUGUUCCAACAAGUGAAGAAGCAUCAACGAAACAAAAUUGGGAUAGAUAUUAUUGGGAUCCAAUAAAACGUACAUUUAGCUUUGGCUAUUUUAUGUGAUGUAAUUUCACUUUUUGAUAUAUUUAUUUGAUGAUAAAUAGUAAAACAUUACUACAAUUCAAACUUGUUUUACAAGUCAUUCAAAAAAAAAAAAAACGAAGAAAUUUACAUACAAUUGAGCUAACUAGGUUUAAUUGUUUUUUUUUUUUUUUUUUUCUUUUUACUUUUUUUUAAAUAAUUUUUUCAAUUAGAAUCAUUUAUCAUUAAUUGCACAAUUUUUUUUUCUCAAUAUUUCUAUUAACGAGUUAUCUGUAUAUAGAAAUUAAAAAAAAAAUAAAAAUAAAAAACUGCCAAUGAUGUUUAAUUUUCAGACGAUAAAUAAAUUGAUUUAAAAUAAAAAUUGUAUUUCAAUAUUAAUUAUGAUUUAUGAAUAAUAAAAACAAUAUUUCAAUAUUAAUAAA